AUGUCAAAACCUAAUAAUAAGGAGCUUAUUGAUAAAGCGAAAGUCCUCUAUGACCAAGAAAAACUGUUUGAAGCUGCCAGGUUAUUGCGUCAAAUCGACAAGGACUCCCCAUUGCUAACAGACUUUCACCGAAAAAUUCUACGCAAUGCUUCCAUAUGUGGAAAAGCUGUAUCAGAACUCUUGGCGCCCCCUAACAAAGGAGAGGCUGGUGGUCAAUCACAAUGGAUUAAGCAGGGCCAAUCGAACGGUAGCUAUCCGACAACAAUAUACUACAAGGUUGAGACAGGUGCCAAAUUGACAUGCCGAAUGGAAACUCCAGUCCCAACAAAUCUAUUGGUUCCCUUAUUGAGUGUUUUGAAUGAGAGCGAAUUGUACGGAACUUGGAUUCCUUCCUGGACUGUUCCCAUCCGUUUGGGUGUCAAACAAUCAAAGCAACUGAUCAACGACACUCGAGGGCAUCAAAUCAUUCAAGUCCAAUGCGAUGUUCCGUGGCCCAUGUCAACACGGGAAGUAUUGAUGGAUGUCAUGGCCAUUGACGAUAUCGAUAAGAACGGGUUCAUUGUAGCCAAAAUGCAAACUCUGACAGAGGCGAGCCAAAAGCAUUUGCUAUCCGGUUUUGAAGUUCCUACAGCAGAAUAUGGUAUUGAACGAAUUGAUUACGAUGGAGCUGUACUCUUUCGACCUUGUCCGGUAGAUCAUCCAAAUUAUGCGAGUGCAAAAGAGAAAUUUUCGGAAGAGUUGAUUCUGCUUCAAUUCGUCAUCUUUUUCGACGCACACAUGAUGGUACCACAGUCCGUUGUAAAUUUCAUUACUAGGACAGUCGUUGGUCAUAUUUGGAAUAUGCUACUUCAUGUAGCAGAAGAAGUUCGAGAUGGGCAACGAAAGGAACAUAAGGAGGCGAUAGAGCGGAAGGCUGAUUUCUAUAAGUGGGUUGAUGAACGAUCGCAAUUUAUGCUCCAGCAGAUGAAGGGUAAGAAAACAGGGAAGGACGUAGAGGAGAAGCGAACUAUUGACGAAGACGGGGGCUGGACAAUGGAAGACAUUCUAAACCUGUCCAUCUAG